GGCUGCCCUGGGCUUUUCCCUGCUUCUCCUUCACUUUCUCCCGCUCCUUCCCUUCUUCCCGCUCCUUCCCUCGGCUGCGAUGGCGGCGAGUGACACGGAAAGGGCCCAGCAGCAGAUUGAUGAAAUUGAAGCCCUUUCAUCGAUCUAUGGUGAUGAUUGGUGUGUUGUUGAUGAAGAUGAAAAAAUCUAUUGCAUUAAGAUUAGUGACUGCCUGGAUCAACCAAAAUGGACCCUCUGUUUGCAGGUGAUUUUGCCACCAGGAUAUCCAACUGCAGAGCCACCUAUUUAUCAACUAAAUGCCCCUUGGCUUCGAGGACAAGAUUAUACAGAACUAGCAAAUAGCUUGGAAGAAAUAUAUUUACAGAACCUUGGUGAAAGUAUACUGUAUUUGUGGGUGGAGAAGAUACGAGAAGUUCUGGUAGAAAAAGCACAGUCUUCAGAUCCAGAACCAGAUAUUAAGAAAACCACUGAAGAAGUUGAUGAAGAUGAUGGAGAUGGUUUUCUCCUGGACUAUCAGCCCACUCAGGAGGAUCAAACUAAAAUGUUAAAUUACAUGACAUCUGAAAAUCAGGAAGAUGAAGAACUGCCCCCCAUACAUCAUGGAAACCCAAUCACAGAUCGAAGGAGCACUUUCCAGGCACAUUUGGCUCCAGUGGUGACAACCAGACAAGUUAAAAGAGUUCUUGAAAAAUUAUAUGAGAACAAGAAAAUUGCAAGUGCUACCCACAACAUAUAUGCAUACAGAAUAUACUGUGAAGAUAAGCAGACGUUCCUGCAGGAUUGUGAAGAUGAUGGAGAGACAGCAGCAGGUGGACGUCUUCUCCAUCUUAUGCAGAUUUUGAACGUGCACAAUGUGUUAGUUGUGGUGUCCCGAUGGUAUGGAGGUAUUCUCUUGGGACCAGAUCGUUUCAAGCAUAUAAACAAUUGUGCAAGAAAUGUACUUGUAGAGUACGACUAUGUACCAUCAACGGAAGAAUCAUCUAGACAAGCUGGAAAGAGCAAAAAGAUAAGGAAGGACAACAAAAAGAAAACAGAACACUAAUUUAUUUUUUAAAAACUUUAAAAUAUUAUUUUGCACAUAUUUAUACAAAAAAACCCUGGACCUUAUUGCUUUAUCUUAUAAAAUGGACAUGUUGUAUUUAGAAGAGGAUUCAGUAAAGCCAUAGAUACAUUUU